UAUUGAAAUAAGCUCACUGAUCGGACGAACGCGGGCCAAUCAGAAGCCCUCAGAUCAGUACACCUUCUUUUCAGAAAUCAUUCAUAAUGCCGAUGCGUCAAACGUUUUUACGAGGACCCUGUUAUAAAUAUGGCUGGAGUAGUUAGUCAUUUUUUCAAAAUGAAAGGAUAGAAACUAAGGAACAGAAACAAAUCCUGGUUAUGUGUCCUUUACCUAACCUUUGAUAACUACUUUUAUUCCUUGUUCUAUAUUUAGUCUACCAGACUCUCCGUUUACAAUGAGUGGAUUAUUUCUGAAAAAUGUAUUGGUGGCAGCAGCGGUAUGUUGCUCGGGGCUGGUCACUGCGGUACUGGGGUCUCUGUUGGGGUCCCCGGUGUUAGCUCAAGAGCCGAUCCGAUGCGCCCCGUGCGCGCCGGAGAAGCUGAGCGAGUGUCCAGUGGUGGCGCACGGCUGUAUGGAGGUUCUGAGUGAGCCGGGUUGCGGAUGCUGCCUUGUCUGCGCCCUGAUGACGGGGGAACUGUGCGGAAUCUACACGGCGCCAUGCGGGUAUGGACUUAGGUGCACCCCAAUACCCGGCGACCUCCAGCCGCUGCACUCCCUUAUUCGCAGCCAGGCGGUGUGUAUGGCGAACCCCGAGCCCGAAAGGAGCCCAAUUCCCCAAAACCCAGUGUCAAUCACCUGCUUCACGUUCAGCCAUCCUGGCAACAGAAAGACCUUCGAUCCCCCGUCUGCCGCGGACGCGCAGGAGAGCAUGAAAGCCAAAGUCAGCGCAAUCAGGAAGAAACUGGCGGAGCAAGCUCCCUGUCAAGUGGAGUUGCAGAGAGCUCUGGAGAAGAUCGCUGAGUCACAGCAGAAGCUAGGAGAAAAUCUGACCAGGUUCUACCUGCCAAACUGUAACAAACACGGGUUCUACAAAGCCAAACAGUGUGAGUCGUCUCUUGAUGGACAGAGAGGCAGGUGUUGGUGUGUGUCCUCCUGGAAUGGAAAGAAGAUUCCAGGAUCCACUGAUCUGUCUGGAGAUGCAGAAUGUUCUUAAGAGAUCUACCACUGAUGCAGAACACACACACACACACACUAACACACACACGCACGCACGCACGCACGCACGCACGCACGCACGCACGCACGCACGCACGCACGCACGCACACACACACACACACACACACACACACACACACACACACACACACACACACACACACACACACACACACACACACACAGUAAACCACUGAUUUUCUUUAGAUACUUGUUAUUUAUUAUUUGUCCAUGGUAGUGUUUGAUAUUCAGGUACACACUAUCACUGUGGAACUGAUGUCCCCUGACCCUCGAUCCCUGAAUCCUAACCCCGUCCCUCCCCACCAAAAAGAAAAUCUUUUUUUUUUUCGGAAAAGGAGAUUUUUAUAUUUUAAUACAUUUUCUUUAACUCUCUACAGCCUUACUUAUUUCACAUUAUGUACUGUAUGUAUUCAUUUGUAAUUGUAUUUUAAUAUUUAUAUAAUUUAGCCUUAUUUUCAUUAUUAUUAUUAUGUGUGCAUUAUCAUCAGUGUAUAAACUGUAUAUAUGUAUCGACGCCCUGAGUUACUCCAUGUUGCUCUGGGCCCGGUUUUCCAAAAGCAAUUUAAGGCUAAGUUCAUCUUCAAAACAUUCAUAGGAGCAUCGUUAAAUUUCUGCACUGUUUCCCAAAACUAUCAUUACUAAAGUUGCACUUGAAAAAACACUCAUUAUUUACCGACUGCCUCAGACCACUCAUAGAACAUCGUUAGAUGUGUUUUUCACUUUAUACACAGAAGAGCUCUGCUAAACAUAGAAUCAAGAUGUUUAUCUGUCUCUCUGUGACCGCCGAUAACUUCACAACGAAGUUGACUACAAAUAGAAAGUUGCCAAUGUCUUUGCCAUUGUUACAAACAAGCAAACGAUUUAAAGAUCCUUCAAAUGAAAACCCGAGAUGACUGCGUUAAAAGAUAAAUAGCCCUCCUACAGUAUAUUCUACAUAGGCCUAUUUAUCAAUGAUAUUGAAAUCUAUUGCAUGUUCAUUCAAUUGAGUUUUGCUUUGCUAUUUGGUACUUUUUGCCUCAAUAUAUCUCAUGAUAUGGAGCCUAACAUGUGAUCUGCCAAAUCUUGACAGUGCAUUAUUAAGGGAAAGGGGAAUAGCGAGUCAGUUGUACAACUGAAUGCCUUCAACUGAAAUGUGUAUUCCAUAUUUAACCCAACCCCUCUGAAUCAGAGAGGUGCGGGGGGCUGCCUUAAUCGACAUCCACAGGAACAAGGGGUUAAUUGCCUUGCUCAGGGGCAGAACGACAGAUUUUUACCAUGUCAGUUCGGGGAUUCAAUCCAGCAACCUUUCGGUUACUUUAUAGGGUAAUAAUUAGAAUGAGCCACUUCAAUAUUUGCAGCCAUAAUAGGUGAUACGAUCGUUCUCGGAGCUGAUCCGUUGUCAGUAUUGUGGAAUAAUUAUAAUGACCUUGGUCAUUGCAGGAAAGAUGCAUCCUUAAAACUCUCAUAAGCCUAAAUUCCAUCGCUAUCGGGAAACUGGGUCCAGGUCUUUUGGAGUUUGUCUGGUGGUUUACUUUUGAAACGAACCAAACAUAAACAAAAGCACUGUGUGACCCAAAUUCAUUUUUGAAGGAUUUCUAAAUAUUAUGUGACUUUUAAUAGUUUUUCAUGUUCACUGACAUGGUUUUGUUUGUUUUUAUUUCUGAUAUGAUUCAUACAUGAUGACACUCGGCUACAUCAGUGAAUGCAGAAAAUAACUCAUUUGGACAUUCUUACCUUUCAAGAAACUCAAUGUGGGUUUUGCAGAAUUGCAUGAUGGGUAAUGCUCCUGCAUUGUCCCUUGUUCUGACGGGUGUCUACCUUGACCUACCUCUCUUUACUGACUGCCAUCACUGUCCUUUAUAUAACAUUAACGCAUUAUGAGAGAGAGAGAGAGAGAGAGAGAGAGAGAGAGAGAGAGAGAGAGAGAGAGAGAGAGAGAGAGAGAGAGAGAGAGAGAGAUUAUUCCAAAGUGACUGACUGCUCACUCAUGUAUAUACACUUUUGUAAUUGAGAUGUGUAAAAAAAUGUAUUUAAUUAUAAUGUUUAACCUCAAAUAUGUUAUUUUGGUCAUUGUGUUGCCAAACAAGACUACAAUGAAAAUAAGCCUUCUGGCUUUGUGUUUUUAUCCUCAAUCAUUAAUGUAUGUAAUGUUGUCUUUGGUUGGAGCAGCCUACUAUUUCUAAUGAUCAAAUACAUUCAAUCAAUAAAUCAAUCAGUCUUUAUGCUCCCUUA